AUGGGCUUGAAUUUCUAUGGCAGAUACUUCCCUGAUUUACAGAAUCCUCGCCAGGCUGCAGCUAUUCUUGGACAUGAAUACAUAAAGAUCCUCGGCGAAAAAGUCGUAGGUAGUGGAGGAGUAUCCGAAGAUGAAUCUAUCACAAUGAACUCGGAAGCGAAGGAACACUUCUCCUUCUUUUCUGACCCCGACUCGGGAACGCAAUCUCUUCUCAUCUACCCAUCAUUGUACUCAAUUCAUCUGAAAAUCGAGCUCGCCAAAAAGCUCGGAGUCGGUCUUUCAAUUUGGGAAGUCGGCCAAGGACUUGACUACUUCUACGACUUGUUCUAG